AUGGCCACCAAGUUGGGCUCCCGUGCGACCAACCUCCUGCUCUCCAACUCCGUCUUCCUCUUCAGCAUCGGCAGCAACGACCUGUUCGUCUUCGCAACCGCGCAGGCGUCGGCGUUGCAGAACAAGUCAGCUGCCGACCAGCAGCGCGACGUCGCCAAGCUCUACGCUAGCCUCAUUUCCAACUACUCAGCAACCAUCACGGAGCUGCACGCGAUGGGCGCGAGGAAGUUCGCCAUCAUCAACGUGGGGCUGCUGGGCUGCAUCCCCGCGGCGCGGCUGUCGUCCGACGGGGCGACGGGCGCGUGCUUGGACGGCCUGAACAAGCUCGCGUCGGGCCUGGACGACGCCCUCGCGUCCAUGUUCGGCAGCCUCGCCUCUCGGCUGCCGGGCUUCGCCUACUCGCUCGCCGACUACUACGGCCUGUCGGCGGCCACCUUCGACGACCCGGGGGCGUCGGGGUACACGGACGUCGCCGACGCCUGCUGCGGGGGCGGGAGGCUCGGCGCCGAGGCGGACUGCCUGCCCAACGCCACGGUGUGCAGCAACCGCGACCAGCACGCGUUCUGGGACCGGGUGCACCCUUGCCAGCGUGGGGCGAUGCUGGCCGCCCAGAACUUCUAUGACAGCCGCCCAGGACGAUACACGGCGCCCAUCAACUUCAAGCAGCUGGUUUACACCAGUUUAUGA